CGUAAUCAUUGUUCCGGUGUCAGCGAAGCUUCGUCCCCAGUGACACUUGGCGUGGGGUAAGGAAGACAUGGCUAUAAAGCGAACCAUGUAUCGGAAUGGACGAUCAGAACUAAACAUUCCGUUAGCAGAGCUUCGGAAUUCAGAAACUACUCUUGUAUUAUUCAGAAACUGCAUGUUCAUUUGGUUUAAAGCCAAGAAUCGGACUUCAUAUUAUUUAACAGUCACUGUGUUCAGCUAAGACUUGUGCUAGAUUCUCUAGUUUCGUUUUUUUCCCAAAUAACAAGGAUGGAUAACUCUCCCAAUGUUUGUGAAGCGACCAGUCAGUCUCACGAAAUAGACAACUACAGACCUACCCAUAGAAAGGGUAAAAAAUUACUAGCUGAAAAGAAACGAAGAGCUAGGAUCAACAAUUGUCUAGUUCAAAUAAGAGAUCUGGUUUGCGAAGGGGACAAUGAUAAGGAUACUGAUCUGGACAAGAUGGAGAAAGCUGAGAUUUUAGAAAAGACCCUAGAAGUCUUGACCAGAUUACGUCAUGACUAUAGCGGCUCUCACUCCUCUUCUUCUAGCACCAUCUCUACUCGUAAAGCAAUGGCUGUACGUUAUGCAUCUGGCUUCAGCUCAUGUGCAGAAGAAUCAAUCCGUUACAUCCAAAGUUCCAGACUCGUUCCUACUGAGGUGAAAGUUCAGCUUCAGAAUCACCUGAGAGCAAUAGCAAGAAGAAUGGAGACAGUCGUUCAAAGUGACGACUCAAGUAUUUCAACAGCUUUUCUUCCCGCCGCUUGUUCCUCAUCCUCAUUAUCCCCGACAGAUAAACUUUUGAGCAGUGAAAAUGUUUUAUCGUCAACUCUUGACAGAAUGUCCGACAACGAAAGCAGCUCAGUUCAGUCUAGAAUCGUGUUUGUUCCAUCCCCUACCAGCUCAUCCACACCAGCGCUACAGUACAACACAGCUCACAGCACCACACCGACAUCUUCCCAGCAGCGCACCAGCUCAGUUCCCACCCAUGAAUCUUUCCACAUCCAAAACUCUGGGGACAGGCGUACGUCUAGUAGCAGUGAGGUAGAGGGUUACUUUAAAGACUAUAACUGCAGGCCAGCCGCAGAUCGUGCCAGCUCGACUGUUUACAGAUACGAAGCCGUCACACCCGAGUUUAACCGGGAGCCUAUCAGUUCCACAUACACCUUUUCCUCGGAGCUCUCCUACCCUUCUCCUAUAUUAUCUAUGACAGCUUGCACCCCUACCUGUGGUUCCCCGGUAAUGAUGCACCCCGGAUUCCUCCAUGCCUCCCCUCUUAUCUCUGACACUCCUGUCUACAGCUACAGGGUGUAUGAGCCUUACUCUUCCCUCCCUACAACUCUGAUCCAGCCUGUACACUUCAUGACAACGCCUAUCACCAGCAGUCCAACAAUUUCCACAACAGAGGUCAAACAACCGUCAACACCCAGCAGUGCUCUCAAUCUUUGUGUCAAAAGUAAUGAAGCCCACCAAAUAUCUCCCGAGACCAUGUGGAGGCCAUGGUAACCUAAUGGAAUUCUAUAAAUAGACUUAAAUCAAUUACACUUCUAAGCUGGAAUGUACAUAUAUUCUAUAACAUGACAAUUGGUACAGCAAUUUCUUUAUUGCAUAAAAUGAAGACUUACAAACUUUAAAUGGCAUUUGUUUUAUAUUUCAUUUUGUGGAGAAUGGGUAAUAUUUUUCUUUAUAUAAUUCUCUUUUGUGUGUGUGUGUUUUUAAUCAUGUGACAUUAUUUAUUUUAAAAGAGGGGUACAUUGGAAAAAAAUGUAUGUAAACCAGACAUGUUAAAGUUUCCUGACCAUCUGGUAUUAGCUUCUGAUUGUUGACAUGAUAGUCAGAGUUUAUACUCUAUCUGUAAGCUUAGUUGUCCUCUUCAGAAAGAUGCACUAGUACUUAUAUCCGUAACAUUGCAGUAAAUAUAUUUGUUAUGUACAAUAUAUAUUUGUACGACAUUUGUUAAUUUGUAAAUAGAACUGUUAUUUUGAACUUGGGUACGUGAGCUUUUAGUUGACAAUUAAUUGGCAGCUUUUUUUUGUUUUAUGCAUAAUUAUUUAUUGAACUCUUUAUUACAUGUUUUGAAUGAUUCCAAAGCUUUCUGUGAUAGCCUGUGACAUAAUGCUUUUCUAUUACAUAAUUAUAAUUGACUAAUUAAAUGUUGCAAAUGAA